CGGUCGCUUGUUGCUCACUCACCGCGGCAGGAAGGAUGGCGACGAGCUAAUAACUCCCAGGCGGUCUAAUAGAUACAAUAAAGACAACAGCGAGUAGGGUUGAACAUCAUUUUGAUUUAAAAAAAAAAAUCGUCGUUUGAUAUUUGUCUUUAUCGCGAGCCAUGGAGAACGCCGUGCUGAGCCUCCAGGGUUUAUACGAUCAGAUGCAGGCUCAAGUGGAAGUUCUCGACGACGGCAUUGAACCCCAAUUUAUUUUCAUGGCCCAGAACUUUGAAAACUGCCGCAAAAAGUGGCUGAAAGCGGAGCAAGAUCUGGGAUCCUGCAAGGAGGUUCUCACCAAAGCCGAGACCGAGAGAGGCGCCCUGGAGGUCAAGCUGAAGCACGCCCGCAACCAAGUGGACGUGGAGAUCCGUCGCCGGCAGAAAGCCGAGGCCGACUGCGAGAAGCUGGAUCGUCAGAUUCUGUUGAUAAAGGACCUCCUGACCAGUGAGGGCUCUUCCAACAGCAUCCAGCUGAGCGCGGAGCAGCGCUCGGCAUUAGCCUUUCUCAACCCAAACUGCCAGGGAGGCUCCACGCUGAACACCAGCAAAAGACUGACCACCAUAGACGAGUCGGGCUCCAUCCUGUCAGAUAUCAGCUACGAUGACUCUCUAGAUUGGGACUCCUCCAAUGUGAAAUUGCGACUCAGGAAGCGGGAAAAGAGGCGCUCGUCCAGGCAUCACGUGGACGGCCCUCCGGGGGCUUCUAAAAGAUCUCGAUCCACAGGCAAAACCGCCAACAAGGAGAACGAGGCCCUGAUCACCACCACCACAGUGACCGUCCCUGCUGGCGGCGGACCUGUCGAGGCAGUCUCUACCAUCGAGACCGUUCCCUACUGGACUCGGAGCAGGAGACAGACUGCUGCCAUGGAGUGGGACUCCACGUCUGUCACAUCCGAGGACGUCUUCAAGCCAACUGGCAACAUGGAGGUGCAGAAAACAAGCGAGCCCAGCACGCCGCGGAGGAACGACGGCGUCCGUCACCAUGAGUUUGUCUCCAAAACGGUCAUCAAGCCAGAGUCCUGCGUGCCUUGUGGCAAGAGGAUCAAAUUUGGCAAGAUUGCCCUUAAGUGCCGCGACUGCCGCGUGGCUACUCAUCCGGAGUGUCGCGAGCGCUGCCCUCUGCCGUGCAUCCCCAACGUGGGAGGCACGCCCGUUAAAAUUGGGGAGGGCGUGCUUGCAGACUAUGUCCCCGACGUUUCGCCUAAGAUUCCACCUCUUGUGGUCCACUGCAUUGCUGAGAUUGAACAGCGAGGAAUGCAUGAGGCUGGACUGUACCGUCUGUCCGGCGCCGAUCGCACGGUGAAGGAGCUGAAGGAGAAGUUCCUGCGCAGCAAAGCCGUUCCCUUGCUCAGCAAAGUGGACGACAUCCAUGCCAUCACUGGCCUCCUCAAGGACUUCCUGCGCAACCUCAAGGAGCCUCUCCUCACCUUCCGCCUAAACCGCCAGUUCAUGGAUGCAGCCGAGGUGUCCGAUGACGACAACAGCAUCGCCCUGAUGUACCAAACAGUCGGCGUCCUGCCUCAGGCCAACAGAGAGACACUGGCCUUCUUGGUCCUUCAUCUUCAGAGAGUCGCCGAGAGUUUAGAUACAAAGAUGGACGUCGGUAACCUUGCUCGGGUGUUCGCGCCCACCAUCGUGGGUCACGCAGUCGCCAACCCAGAACCCAUGACCAUCCUGCAGGACACCAAACGCCAACCAAUGGUGGUGGCGCGUCUGCUGAACCUGCCCACGACUUACUGGGCCCAGUUUGUCAAGUCCGAGAACGAGCAGCAGCGCUUGGAUCACCUCAUCAUCCAGAACGCCAACUGCUACACGCCCGAGAGGGUGACCUUACUCGGACCUCUGACCACUCCGGAACCCCAACUCACCAAGACGCCGUCCUCCAGCUCGUUGUCGCAGCGCGUGAAGUCCACGCUGACGCCCAGAUUUGGCAGCAAGAGCAGGUUGACCGCUGCACUUCCUCACCAAGGAAAGUUCUUUCAAUCUCCACAGCUCAGAUGAGUUUUUAUUUUUGCGCGUCACCAAACACCAGCAACUCCUCGCCUGUUUGUUUUUCCAUGUCUGACGUGGCAAAGACUUUUUGUUCUUUGACACCUUUCCAAGAAGACCUUUUUCAAUCAAGACUAAAUAGUUGAACUCCA